AUGUUGCGCUUCGUUCUCUUGGCUCUUAUGCUCUUUACGUCUGUUCAGGGAGCAGUGGUUUCCAAAGACUCUGCUCCUGGAACGGUGGCUAAAUCAUCCCCUGCCGUGACAUCGAAGAACCCCACUCAAGCAGCAAUUUCUAAAGGAUCCACUCCAGCAGCAAUGUUCAAAAAUAAUGCUCCCGGACAGGCCAAAGGCUCGACUCCCAAUGGAAAUGGUGUCGAAACUAGGACACUCGACCAAAUAUACAAGGCUGCACAGGCGGAAAAGGGUAGCCUGCGAAUUGGCUGGGGAGGAGAUAUUCAAGUCAGUGGCGACAGAAUAGUCAAAGCCUUCGAAACUCGCUUCCCAGGUAUCAAACUGGACCUCAAAGUCGAUGUUUCCAAGUAUAUCGACAGCCGCGUCGACCUUGCAAUUGCCAAUACCAAAGGGGCUGAUACUGCCUAUGACGUGGUCAUGCUGCAAACCCUGCAUGAUUACCCUCGAUGGAAGCAAGGAGGUCAUCUGAUGCAUUACAAAGUCCCCACAUGGAACGAUAUUCAUCCCGAAUUCGUGGACCCUGAUGGUGCUUACACCGGAUAUGCCAUCUUUUCUCUCGGGGAUAUUGCCUACAAGACCAGCGCAUUCCCCGACAACAGCACGGUUCCUGUACAUAUCCUCGACUUCCUCAAACCCGAAUACCAAGGAAAAAUCGGUCUUACAUAUCCCAACGAUGACGACUCAAUUCUCUAUCUCUUCACCCGCAUCAUCGGAAAGUACGGCUGGGACUUUUUCAAUAAGCUUGUCGCCAACCAGAAGCCCCAAUGGUACCGCGGCACCUCCACCCCCGCGCUCGUCAUGACCAGCGGCAACGCCGCAACCUCCUCUUCCGGCCCAACCGUUUCCUUUGCCUCCUCAAGCGUCUACGUCCCUACCGUCGGUAAAAUGCUCACCCAGGACGUUUACAUGGCGUGGCCCCAGACCGGCGCCAUCUUCUCCAGCACAAAGAUGCCCGAGACCGCCAAGCUCUUCAUGAGCUGGCUCCUCAGCGACGAAUGGCAGACUAUCGUCACCGGCAGCAAAUUUGCCACCAGGAAGUCAUUCGACAAGGCCAAGAUCAUGGAGCAGGAGAAUGUUGACCCCUUCGGAUUCAUGGAUUUCAUGGCUGACAGAGAGACUGUCGAAGGGUGGAGAUUCCAGUUCGAAAGCCUCAUCGGUCUUCCUCAGGGACCUGAUCCCUUGAGCCUCAAAUUUUAA